CUCUAUCACUAUAGACACAAAAUCUAUAUCUAUCACCAACAAGAAAAUGUUACUCACGAGAACCACCACCUCGUCACCACCCACUCUAAUCACCUCUCUCCACCGUCUCUCUCGCAAACCAUCUCUCUCCCAACCCAUAUCUCUCCCCACAAGACCCAUCUCUCUCCACACCUCCCCCACCAUGAACUUCCUCUCCAAGCUGGGCUUCCGCUCAAACCCACCCACCCAAAUCACCCACUCAUACCCGUCCGACCCAUCUUCCUCCCCCGCCUUACAACCCGACCCGGACACUCCGGGUCCGGGUCAGCAAUUCGCCCAGUUCGGAGCCGGGUGCUUCUGGGGCGUUGAGCUGGCGUUUCAGAGAGUGCCUGGUGUGAGUAAAACUGAAGUGGGCUACACUCAGGGGGUUGUGCAUAAUCCGAGUUAUAAUGAUGUGUGUGAUGGGACUACGAAACAUUCGGAGGUGGUUCGGGUCCAGUAUGACCCGAAUGAAUGUAGUUUUGGGAACUUGCUUGAUGUGUUUUGGUCUAGGCAUGAUCCCACCACUCCUAAUCGUUCCGGAAAUGAUGUUGGAACACAAUAUCGUUCUGGAAUAUACUACUACACAUCAGAGCAAGAGAAGGAAGCCCUAGAGAGCAUGGAGCGACAACAGAAGCUCUUAAGCCGGAAAAUUGUUACUGAGAUUCUACCUGCCAAAAUGUUUUAUCGAGCCGAGGAGUACCAUCAGCAAUACCUCGCCAAGGGGGGUCGACUCGGUCGUCGACAAUCAGCUGAGAAAGGCUGCAAUGACCCUAUCAGGUGCUAUGGUUAAGUUUUUAAAUCCAUCAUGAUUGCAGCAUGUUUAUAACCCUGACAAUAUGGUUGGCUUAUAAGUUGGACUAUACUACUGUAGUAUCUAUUUAUACAUUACGUCCUGAAGAUUGCUAAAUUUUAUGUAGCUUCUAGCAUCUAGGUAUACAUGGUUUUAGUUGCAGUUUUCAUAUACCUGAUGUGUAAAUUGUCCAACACCAAUGGCUAGCGCCUUGAGUUUAUGUAAGAUUGUAAUUGGGGCAAACAUGACUUUUGUUUUCUUUACAACUUUUUCAGUUUCUAUGUACUUCUUGGCGCCGGCUUAA